UUUCUAGGUUAGAACACGCAUCAUCUGCAUUGCGAUUGCGACGUCUCGUCUACUUUCUGAACUCGUGUCAUGUUAUCGUGAAAUCAACGUGAUCGUGCAGUGUGAAAUUCCUCAAAAUGGUUUUGGACUUAGACUUAUUCCGUACCGAAAAAGGUGGUGAUCCGAACAAAAUUCGGAAGAAUCAAACGGACCGAUUCAAAAGUGUCGAACUUGUUGAUACGGUCGUGAAUAGUGAUAACAAAUGGAGACAGUUACGGCAUUCGGCGGACAAUUUGAACAAAUUUAAGAACAUUUGCAGUAAGGAAAUCGGUAAGCGUAUGAAAGAGAAGAAGCUUGAAGCGACUCUUGAAAAUUUGACGCUUGAAGAUGUGAAGGUGCAGUUUGACCAAGUCUCGGAAAAACUGGUUCCCAGCAAUCUGUCUGAUUCUGUUGAAGCUCCCAUUUUUGAGCUUGACACCGAAACGCAAGAUGCAGUCAAGAACUUUUCAGUUGAUCAGAUUAAAGAAAUUAGACUUGUAGUUGACAAGGCGCUGGCAUUGAAUGGAAAGUAUUUGGUUGAUGCUGAGAACACCCGUAACGCUGCAUUAGGGGAAGUCGGAAACCACCUGCAUCCGUCAGUUCCCAUCAGUAAUGAUGAAGAUGAAAAUGAAAUUGUCAGAACGUUUGGUGAUUGUGCCGUACGUAAACGCUACUCCCAUGUUGAUUUAAUUUGCAUGAUUGAUGGUAUAGAUAGCGCUAUGGGAGCCGCUGUUGCUGGUGGUCGUGGAUAUUAUUUAAAAGGGGCUGCAGUAUUUUUGCAGACGGCCCUAGUUCAGUUAACGCUUUCAAGGUGGCACAGCAAUGGCUUUGAAACUAUCUACCCUCCCUAUUUUAUGCGAAAAGAAAUAAUGCAAGAAGUUGCUCAGUUAGCGCAGUUUGACGAAGAGUUGUAUAAAGUAGUCGGUAAAAGUGAAGAAGGAGACGUCCAAGAUGAUAAAUACCUCAUUGCCACCUCAGAGCAACCAAUUGCAGCUUUGCACAGAGAUCAAUGGCUUCCUGAGAAUUCCCUGCCAAUUCAGUAUGUUGCUGUCUCCACAUGCUUCCGACAGGAAGUUGGCUCGCAUGGUCGAGAUACAAGAGGUAUUUUUCGCGUACAUCAAUUUGAAAAAGUUGAGCAGUUUGUUUUGACAUCUCCUUUUGACAACAAGUCUUGGGAAGCUUUCGACAAAAUGAUUGGCUUGUCGGAGCAGCUAUACAAAGAUCUGGGAAUCGCUUACCGGAUCGUGAACAUUGUAUCCGGUGCUCUGAAUAAUGCUGCCUCAAAGAAGUUUGACUUAGAGGCAUGGUUUCCUGGUUCAGGCGCUUUUAGGGAACUUGUUUCUUGUAGUAACUGCCUUGAUUAUCAAGCGCGGCGAUUGAAAGUACGUUAUGGGCAGACGAAAAAAAUGAAUGCCAGCGUUGAUUAUGUUCACAUGCUUAACUCAACUGUCUGUGCCACAACACGUGUGAUUUGCGCCAUUCUAGAAACCUUCCAAACAGAAACUGGAGUCACUGUCCCAGAAAUACUUCGGCCAUACAUGCCAGAGCGAUACAAGGAAGAAAUCCCCUUCACCAAGCCAGCUCCAAUUGAUGCGGAAGAAACGAAAAAACAGAAAAAGCAGAAAGAAGGAAUGAUGAAAAAAUAAAUGAUGUCUGCCUUUUUUCAAUGUGAGGAUAGUUUUCUCAAGACUUUACGCUUUGUAAUUUUAAGUUCUUUUUGAAUGAAAGUUGUCAAGAAAUGUAAUUAUUUCACCGUAUGUCACCAGUGUGUAAUUUGAACUCUGAAUCACCAAUAGCUCAAUGUGUUCUCUUUAUUUUGUAUGGAAGAUCUCUUACAAUAUUCUUGAUAAAUUUAGAUUUUCCUCCAAACAAGAUUCUAACAUAAUCGGGAAAUUUGAAUAAUCAUUGUUCAAUGAACUCUCAACAGUUAAAUUUGCAUAAAUGGAAUUAUUAAGUUAAUUUUUAAUAUCAAUUGAACCAUUUUUUCAAAAAAAUACUAGAAAAAUUAGAUUAAUAGAGAUUACAUUUCGUGCAAUUUAAUGGAGGUAUCAUCAGCAGAUUAGGUAUUUGUUUAUUUUUUUUUUUUUUAUGUAUUUAUUUUGUAUCGUCAAUAAUCGUGUAAUUACCCAAUUGGAUUGAUUCUCAGAACUACAUUUCACUCCAAGAUAUACUUUAAAGAAUAAUUUUUCAUGAACAUUUCCCUUGCUAUGGAUGCCUUUAUUUUUGCAGAGAAUAAUUCUGUAUUUUGUUACAUAUUUAUAUUUUCACUGACAGUUCCAAGGGUGCAAAGAAGUAUCUUGCUAUCUGCUAACUAUGGCAAGUUGGAAGUGAAUCUCGAGGUUUUUUUUUUUUUUUUUUUUUUUUUUUUUUUUUUUAAAUUAUGUUUUUAUUUUGCAUGUUACUCUGAGGAAGUGUUAUUGCCCCACAGUUGGGCUUUUUCUCAUGGAAGCAGACACUUGUUCUGGUGAAAAAUUGAGGAACUAGCUUCAAGGGACAAAGGCCCAAUUGCGGAAAUGGUUGUCGGUUUUUAACUUUCUGCAUAUAUGCUCAAUUCAACCUCUACAUGCUUGAAUCUUUGCUGCAAAGACAGAGUUUUUCCAAUUUCUUUAAACUGAAGAGAGAUUUUGCCGUACUUUCUUUUUAAAAUCAUCUUUGUAGAGACAAACCACUACACUGUUGUGAACUGUGAAGAAGAGAGACCAGGCAAAUAAGAAAAUUAUUUCAAAGAACCGAACUCUUGCGAGAGUGACACUCAUGUUUUUCAUCUAGAUUGUUUCUUAAUCUGCCCAAUGAUUGUUUUUCGCUGUUUUCAUAUGCAAGCUUUUCAAAAAAAAUUCAUAUUUCUUUUCAUAUGUCAUUGAAUGGAGGAUGUAAUGGACCAAAAAUGUAAAGAGGAAAAUUAAUUUUAUUUUCUUACCAAAUUUACUUCUCUUGUGCUAAUGUCUCCUAGAGAUGGCCUCUCUGUUCGUUGAUGUUUUAAAUAAUUUUUCGCUUGUGAAGCAUGAAAAAGAAUCGGAAGACUGGAAAUCAGCUAUCAUAAAUAUAAAUGGGAAAAAAAAAAAUUAAUCAAACUUGUCCGUGUUGUUUGAAAUCUAGUUCUUUUGCCCAAUCACAAAUAUUGGGUCAUCAAACACUGCCGUAGAUCUACUGAGCAAUGGCCAGUUAACAUUUACUGAUAACUUUAAAUUGAGCUAUUUUACAGAGAAUCAUGUUCGAAAAACUAUCUUAUCAAUGGCGUUGGAUUCCCUCAGUUUUAAGAUUUUCACAACUCUUCGAGGAGUUUGAAUAUUAAUUUUGUACUUUAUUUAUUUUUAGCUUUAUUGUUUCUCUUAAUAAAUAAUAUUACUAAUUGUAA